ACAAGCCCUAGUCUCUCUGUCUCUGUUUCUGAAGCUCCCGCCCAUCCCUCCACCACCUGUCCUUGAAUUUCUGAAGCUCCGCCCAUUUCUCUACCGAUCCGUCUCUUCGAAUAUUUGAAUCUCUGUUUUGCUCAUCUAAUUCAACAGAUUUCUAUCGCUUUCUUUUUGGUGAAGAAGAAGAAGAAGAAGAAGAAGGAGAAGAAGGGGAAGAAGAAGUAGAAGAAGGAGAAGGAGAGGAAGAAGAUUGGUCAUACUAAACUUCGUUCCAAUCAAAUGUCAGAGAACAAGCCAACAAUUGGCCUUUCAUGGGCACCAAAAGUGCCUCUAAUAUCCAGUGGAACAAAAACCAGCUCCGAGAAAUUACAAUGCCCACCACAAGAUACGGUGUGGAAACAAGAGAAUAAGCUUGUGGAUGGACUGUUCCUUCCACCAACAGACCCGAGGAAGCUGAAUAAAUUGCUAAAGAAACAAGUAAAAGAUACAACCGGUAAAAGUUGGUUUGAAAUGCCUGCCCCAACCAUCACCCCCGAGAUAAAGAAAGAUCUCCAAAUACUAAAGAUGAGAAGUGUUAUUGAUCCAAAGAGGCAUUACAAAAAGGGUGAUUCCAAUACACUUCCUAAGUAUUUCCAGGUGGGCACAGUUAUCGAAUCUGCAUCAGAUUUCUUCUCAGGCAGGCUUACUAAGAAGGAGAGGAAGCCAACACUGGCCGACGAACUGCUCUCUGAUCGUUCCCUUGGAGACUACAGGAAACGCAAGGUUCGAGACAUUGAAGAACAGCAUCAAUCUGUUGGGGUUGCAAAGUGGAAGAUCAAAGGUAAGCAGACUUGGAAACGAGCCAAACAAAGAAGGCAAUAAGCUUGUUGCCUUUGAAUCCAGUUCUCCUAUCACAUCCUCUCCCACUCUAUAUGUUCUCUCUUUCUAUCACCAAAAUGGUUGGUUGUAGCAUGUGAAAAAUGUUAUUUGAAAGGGUUUCCCUUGUCACGGCAUGCUAUCUUUAGAACAUUAGACUAUGCUGAGAGAGGUUGAUAUGCCAUAUAUAUAUAUAAA